AUGAAAUCUGAAUUGAGCCCCGAAGCCCCCGUAUACGUGCCGCCGCCGCUCCGGAAUGCGCCGUCGAAGUCCCCGCGCCCGCCGUCGAACAGAUCGACGCCGUCGCCGGCGCAGAAGGAGCCCCAGUGCUCGCGGUACUCGAGGAAAUCGGUGCGGACGUCGGGGGGCUCCCCGAACAGCCCCCGGCCCAUCCUGGGCGGGCCCUUUCCCAGGGCCAUACUGGGCAGGGGGGAGUUCUGGGAGGCGGGCGACGGCGGCGAUUUUGACGGGAGUUUCCGCAGGCUGAAGGACGACGAGGACGACGCCGACGACGCCGCCGAGUCGGGCGCGGACGCCGCCACCGGCGGAGGCCAGAUGAAAAAAGAAGAAUUUGACAGUUGA